AAGCAGUCGGCUUUCCCAUCCCCCUCCCCCCCCAUGUUAUUUUAGGCAUUUCCUUCCUUUCAUGUCAUCAGCAAUACAGUCAAGCCCAGACCAUUUGCAAUGUCUAUCCCGCAUGUGUUGCUGCUGCUACUAAUGCAGCAUCCGCUGCCUCUGCCGCCGCUACUGGGCUCUUCCUCCUGCCCCCCCCCCCUUGCUUUGCCAGCCAGUCCGUCUCUUCAGAGGAAGCCGCAGACCGACUGCAGACUCUUACGCUGGGGGGGGGACGUCAGAAACAAUGACCCUUGGGUGGGUGUGGCCAGGAUCAGAAUGAGGACUGUGUACCGGGGGGAGCAGAUUAAAGGCGGCGGCAAAGGAAUGAAUGCAAAGAGAGGAUGAGAGCGCUGUGUUCCCCGGUUGGAAUGUUCAAUCAUAAGCCCGCCCCG